AUGAUAUCAAAGUUAGCCAAAGGGGAGCCAAGUAUUAAGACAUCCUUAAUCGAAGUUACUGAUAAAUUACCUAAUAAACCUCCUUGUCGGGUUUUUAUAAAAAAUGAGUACGAACAACCUUCUGGAAGCUUUAAGUUGAGGGGAAUGGGGCAUUUAAUGGCCAAAUCGAUUGAAAGAGCCCAUGAGCUAAACAAGACAAAUGUAGAGACAUUUGCAUCCUCCGGAGGAAAUGCAGGAUUAGCUGCUGCCUAUGCAAGUAAACAUUAUAAUUUAGCAUGUACAGUCGUUCUACCAACUACAGCUAACAGUGGGGUUAUCAAACAAUUGGAAGAAAUGGGUGCUAAAGUUCAAGUUCAUGGUGCCCAUUGGGGGGAAGCAGAUUCGUACUUGAGAGAAACUGUGAUGAAAAGUGUGGAUGCAUCUGUUUAUCCUCUCUAUUGUCCACCAUUUGAUGACCCAUUACUCUGGGAAGGUCAUGGCUCUAUGAUCGACGAAAUUGUAAAUGAAAAUCAGCUUUCACCAGAAGAAUGUGGGAAAAUAAAAGGGGUUGUUUGUAGCGUAGGUGGAGGUGGACUUUACAACGGUAUAGUUACAGGAUUACAGAGAAAUGCAAAAUUCAAAGAUGUUUCCAUAUUAGCUGUCGAGACUUUUCAAACCCCAACGUUCUCAGAAGCCCUCAAGGCCGGAAAAGUUGUUACUUUAGGCUCAAUCAAAACAUUGGUAACAUGUUUGGCAUCUCCCUACAUUUCGGCACAAGCUUUAGCUAAUUACAACAAUCACAAAACUCAUGUUCAAAUGAUUGAUGAUCUUGAAGCAGUAAAGGGCUCACUUGACUUCUAUGACCAUUUUGGGAUAUUGGUAGAGCCCGCAUGUGGUGCUACCAUUUCAAUGGCAUUCGACAACACUAAAUAUUUAAAAUGCUUUGGUGAUUUAUCUGAAGAAGACAUUAUACUUUUCAUAGGUUGCGGAGGUUCUGCUAUUUCAGAAGACUUGUUGAAUCAGUACCGUAAGCUUUAUGUUUGA